AAUCAUCAGUAAGGUAGAAAGCGGCGAAGACAGACGAUCGUUGAUCGACCAGCUAGCCAUUUUUUGUGUUCUUUUCUACAAAGUGUUAUUUUUAUACGAAUAUAUUUUUUGUAUAUAAAACGAUAACUUUUUAACAACUGAGUGGAAAAUAACCUUAAAAAAAGGAAAUUAAGAAGGAGAAGAGGACAAAAAGUGUAUUUAAUAUACAUCACUUUAGUGAAAAAAGUACUCAACUAUUUACCUUUGCACUUCGUCGUCAAUAUAAAUUGAACCAAGUUGCAUCUCUACUCUCUGCUUUAGAAAUCUCUUAAUUACCAUUGUUUUUCUCUUUUUGGUAGCUUCUAAUUAAUAUUCCGUUGAUCAGACGGGAGAAGGUUCUGAGCGGGAAAAAAGUCAUAAUUCAAACGGAACGUCAUCCAAUGGCAUUGAAUUGAAGGAGGAGGUGGACAGGUGUAGGGAGUCUUCUAUACCCAUUCAAAGUGUAUUCUCAGCGGCGAACGGUCCGUUAAUUGAUCAAUUAGCGAGACACUAAGAAAAUAUAUAUUUAUAAUAGUGGCAGGAAUCACAACCAACGAAAAAAAGAAGAAUAGAAUGCGUAUACUAAUCGUUUAUUUCGUUCUUACUCUAAUCGUUUCGGCCGCCGACGAAGUUCAACAAAUUUAUUUACACUUUACGAUUGUCGAAAAUCGACCGAACAAUAGCCAAGUAGGGGAUAUUCGGUCGAAAAUUGACGACCUUCGUCUAUCCGACCAACUCCGAUUUAACGGUCAGCCCUAUUCGGAUGUUAUUUAUGACUUGGUUCGUGUUGAGCCGACGACGGGUAUUAUUAGGACAAAGAAAAAGAUUGAUAGGGAAUCUUUGCCCGGUUGUCGUAGAUCAGCCAUCUGUAAUACGGGUAUAUUCGAGGUGCUAAUCAAAGAUAUACGCAAUGUCAACUUAUAUAAUGUAAAGGUGAAUAUUACAAUUUCGGACGAGAACGAUGAGGCACCGGAAUUUCCUCAGGAUAGAUUAGAAUUGAAAGUUAGUGAAGAAUUGCCUUCGAAGGAUGUGGCAACAUUGCCUACGGCUGUCGAUAACGACAGUCCUACAUUCGGCGUACGAAAUUACACACUACUUCAUCAAUCAACUUCCCAAUCCAAACCAUUCAAGCUGUCAAGCGUAAGUCAGACGUCAGAUUUAAAAUUGAUGCUCAAGGACGAUUUCAAUCUGGAUAGGGAAACUGCUCCUUUUUAUAAAUUGACUUUAUGGGCUGACGACGGCCUACAUCGAAACAAAAUGGAUAUUAACAUUGAAGUUACGGAUUUUAAUGAUAAUGCACCAGUUUUUGAUGCAAUACCGUCGGCUAUAAAAGUAAAAGAGAGUGUAGAACAAAAUUCCGUUAUCUACAAAGUUCGGGCUCAAGAUAAAGAUACCGGAGAUAAUCGUCGGAUAACUUAUGCGUUCGACAGCGAGACUAGACAACAGUACGGCCAUCUGUUCCACAUAGAUGAUAACACAGGAGAAAUAACGAACAAGAAGGAAAUAGAUAAGGAGAAGCCGUAUUAUACCAUUCGGUUAGGAAUUAUCGCCACAGAUAAUGGUCAACCAGCUUUAUCCUCUACAACAGCUGUUUUUCUCGAGAUAAUGGAUGUAGAUGAUAACAAACCGGAUAUAAUCGGAGAAAGGUCCUUCUCAAUACUCGAAGAGGAGUUAGAUCAAUCAAUAGAGUUCACAAUACAAGAUCAGGAUUUAACAGCAUUCACUAAUUUUACCUGUCUAGUCGAAAAGUCAUCGUCGUCAUACGACAAAGUAAUUUUAGAAGAAACCUUUCGAAAUUCAGGACGUAAUUCGGUUAAUUAUAAGCUAACAUUUACAGAGAAAGUAGAUAGAGAAGAAAGGCCUGAACUAGCAAUUAGAAUAACAUGUAUUGAGAAUAAUGCCGAUAGAACAAGAAACACGAUAUCGUUGAAGGUUAAAAUAGAGGAUAAGAAUGACCACGAACCGAAAUUUUCUAAGAAUUAUUAUUCAACAACGUUAUUUGAGAACGAAAACCCAGGGAAUUUGAUCACAGUUACUGCCACUGAUUUGGAUACUGGAAGUAAUCGCAAAAUUACCUACUCUAUUGUGGAAGAUGAUGCUCAAUUUUGGUUCCAAAUUGAUCCAUUUACCGGUGUCAUAGGCGUACGAUACGCUUUCGAUUACGAAGCUAUUAGUGAUCGCAAUAAAAAAUUUACUGUAAUGGCUAAAGAUGGGGGACAGGAGCCUCGUAGUUCAACCGCGACUGUUCAAAUUACCAUUAAGGAUAAAGAUGACAACGACGUGCAAUUUAUCACUGAUACUUUUCAUUUAAAAGUUUAUGAAAAUAGGCCUAAUGGUACAAUAGUCGGCAGUAUUAUAGCAACGGAUGCAGACUCGGACGAGUAUAACAAAUUUUUCUAUUCGCUAAAUAAUAGGAACUUCCUUAUCAAUUCUGUGACGGGAGAGAUCGUUACAAGGCAAACGUUAGACAGGGAAAGUAACGAACGCUACGUGCUUGAAGCGUUUGCAGAGUCGAAAGAUCGAAAUUUUCGAACGACUUGCUCAGUAAUAGUAACAGUAGGAGACGAAAAUGAUAACAACCCUAUGUGGACGUUUCCUGUUCCAGGAAAUAAUACAUUACGUAUCAGUACCGAUAUCAAGCCCGAUACGGCUUUCGGGAAAGUAGAGGCAAAGGAUUUAGAUAAAGAUGUCAACGGGACCGUAUCAUAUAGGAUUAAAUCUGAACAGUAUAAAGGAUAUAUAAGGAUUAACGAAUCAUCCGGAUAUUUAUACGUUGUCGAUGAUCUAACCGCUUUCUCCAAUAAAUUAUUGAAAUUGUCAAUCGAAGCUAAAGAUGAGGGCCAACAAUCGAAUGUUAACGAAACUACACUGGAAAUCGCCGUUAAUCGAUCAACCGUUAAAAAGGAUAGCAAGAAUCUGGUAAUCGUUAUAAUCGUUGCAGUAAUAUCGGCUCUGCUUGCAUUUGCAUUGACUAUAGCAAUAAUCUUUUUAUGUCGAACGUCACCCCGAACGGAUAAUAUCAAGACGCCGAAAUCUAACGUUCUAACAAUCGAUUCAGCGCAUUUUGACGGAAGUUAUGACAAACGACAGGCGCCGAACUAUCCUGGAGACGACAUCUCGUUCAACUCGAUAUCUAACGCGUCAGACAGCGGAAGAGGCUCAAACGAUGAUCCAGAUGCCGUUCAAAACUCACCUGUAAAACUAUCAUCGGUUAAGGAACAAUCGGCAAUUGACAAUCCUGGCUAUACAAUUUUCCCUGAGAAAUUAGUUAGAGGUCGGCUGUAUUCAAAUUCACCAAUUCUAAAUGCCUCGGGGGAUUCGUCAAUGAGGAAAUAUAACGUUAGAAUUCCAAUCGCACCACCCGUUUCUAAUUCACCGAUUUUAACCGAGUCAGAAGAAUCAUCAAUUAGGAAGUUUAACAUCAGAGUUCCUGUUUAUCGGACCGAUUCAAAUGACGAGAGAAGCCACUCGCCAUCGUCUGUUCGAGCUCACCGAACCGAAUCAAAUUCAUCUAAGCAUUCAGUUCAUCCUCAUCCUCAUGCAUUGGCUAUACAUUACACACCGGCCAUUACAAACGAAAAGUUUACCGAAGACCCUAUAGUUCAAAGCAUCGUUUAAAAAGCUUCAAUCGACAGUAUUCAAAAAACAAACAACUCAAUUUUCACUGUUUUUCGCAAGUUUCUGUGUAUUCUGUGUUUUUUCUCCUCCUUCUCCUCCUCCCCUAAUUGUACAGUUGUUAAAAAUGACAGUUCUUUUUUUUUUACCCAGUUUUUUUUACGUUUACCCUGAUUAUGUAUUACAAGAUACUUUAUACCGUUUUUUUU